UUUGAAGCUAGCUAACCUGCUAGUUAGUUUAUUACAGCGGGGUUUUGGGGCAUUUUGUGUUUAUGUUUAUGUUGUUUCUCUCCUCCUCAGUGGGUGUCCUACCACCGGAGCCCAGAGGCUGAGCUCCUGCGACCGCAGAGAGCGCCACAUGGAGGCGGUGCUGAGAAACCUGUCGAGCACCGUGGAGCUGCUGGCCGUGGCGGCGCGCAGCGGUGAGGUGCAGCAGUGGGAUGAACAGACUGUGUCCAGAGCUUUUCACUGGGCCCGGUACUGCGAACUCGUUUUCUCCAGCUAUCACAAUAACCGCUCAAUAAGCAGGGUCAUGGAGAAGCACCUGCAGCUCACAAAUAAAAAUUUGCGGGCUGUCUUCCCAGGUUACAGAGAGGUCUGCUUCUCGGAGCUCUCCCGGUGCCAACACGUGUUGCUCGUUGGGCUGUUGAACAACCCCGAGCUGCCCAUCUCCAUCAUGAAGAUGCUCUUUGACACCACAAGUCCAGUGAACAUCAAGCACGGACAGUAUGAGGAUGUUACCGGCCUGUGCAGCUACAUCAUUCAAUGCAAAUCUGCUUGUAAAGUCCUGACUCCUCUCACAGACUUGUCAGCUGCUGGUGCUGAUGCUGAGGUGCAGGCGGUGAUGCUAAUGGAGAGGCUGGGUGCUCUGCUGAGCCAAGGCAGCGAAGCCUGCCGGGCAGAGCGUUUUCUAGACUCCGUCCUUCAGGGAUGUGAAGGAGCAUCAGAGCAUUUCUGUCUGGUCAUCGCUGCAGCUCUGCUGACAGGGACGAACUCCGCUGCUCAAACUGCUUCAGCGGAUUUUCUCUUGGAUUGGCUGCAGCAAAAACACAUCCUGAUGCAGCACAUGUGUUCUUCGCUACCCUCUGCACUGCUUAUAAACUUGGCUAAAGAACGCCUGAAAUUCAGACACGUGUACUGUGAUGUACUGAAAAAGUGGGCCUCAGACAUGGAGUACAGUUUAAGUGACGAUGAAUGGGUUAAAACGAGCUCAAAUCCCACAGUGACCUUCCAGAAACUGACUGAGCACUUUGUGGCCUUGUUUGAGGCCUGCCCCUCUCUGAGGAACGAUGUAGAAAAAGAGCUAAAUGAUUUGAAGAUUUCUGAUGGAGACUUUGAUGUCAGAGGUCUGAGUGUGUGGGGAGACCUCUUGUCAGAAAUAAACAAGUGACUGUCAGUUGGGGUUACUCUAAAAAUGGAUACAAUGGCCAGAAUGUAGCAGAAUAUUUAUUUAUUUUUCUUUGUUUUUAUCUCUAUGUGAUGGCUGUGGCUGGGUAUCCAAUCUCAAUUAGUUCCAAAUGAAAUGUUUCUGUAGCACUGUAGCAGGAUCAAAUGUGCUCUUCUUUACUUAAUCUCUGAUCAGACAGUGUCCGAUUUAAAUCAUAAUUUUGCCAAUUUUAGACAGUAUUUCAUUCAGGGAAAGUUUUUGAACAGCUGCUUUGUUUAGACAAUGUGUAACUUCCAAGAACUUUGGCUUCAUCUUGAAAAACAUGUUCAUAUUGCUCAUUGUAAGAUAUAGAAAGAAAAGCAUGGUUAUGUUAUCAGUACUAAAACUCAGUUGCUGUAUCAGUACUUGUAUCGGAAAAUGUCAAACAAUACUCAGCUCUUUGUUUGACAGCUUUAGGUUUUCAUCGCAAAAUACACAUUAACAGGACAUGAUUGAUUCUUGAAUGUCAUCCAGUCAGUUCACAGAAGUUUCUGUUCCAUUUCAAUUCUUGACUCUUUAUGUUGCAGUUUUUUGUUUUCAAUUUGUGGAAGAUAAUUGUGUGCAGACUAACACAGAAACAGAAGCACAACGUAUUAGUUAAGGUUUGGUUAUGAAAAAAUAAAUAUAAAGGUAAUUGA